UAUUUGGGGUGGCGCGCCUGUCACCGUGUUUUUCUGUUCGGAGGGUUUGUGCUCAGAGAUGGCCAGAGAGCCGUAGCGAACUGUGGGGCCUGCAGGCUGGGCAUUUACCGUCAACCGUACCGUUAGAGAACCGCACAGACACGGAGAGUCACACGGAGAGGAGCGGGACGACAGAGGAGAGGAAUCAUGGGACACGGAGUGGGCUGAACCAGGAGGUCGAGCAGUGCACACCAAUUGUUUCCCACUGUGGUGUAUGACAUGGCCACGGCCUCAGCUCGAGCAGAGUCUAGCCAUAACCACAGAGGAACGUCACAGCUCCAUGCCGUUGUUUCAUGUGCCAAAAUCAAGAGGAAGAAGAGUCUGUUUGGGGCGGCCAUCUAUGUGGAGGUGACAGCGGAGGGGGAGUCACGCCGCACGGCGAAGUCUCACAGCUCCUCCAAUCCGAAAUGGGAUGAGAGACUCACUCUGAAUGUAACCUCGCACUCACAGGUGGAUUUCAAAGUAUGGAGUCACCACACACUGAAGGCCGACGCUCUGCUGGGAAAAGCUACGCUGGACCUCACUGAAGCCUUGGAGCAGCAUGACAGAAAAUUGGAGAAUGUGAAGGAGGUGCUGAAGCUUAGCGUGGAGCAGAAAGGAGUCGCAGUCCCUACAGGAGAGCUGACUGUUCACCUGAAUGGCCUGACGGUCUCUGAACAGGAGGAUCUGGCUCCUCUUACCAAUGGAAACGCAGCAAACGGCACCAAAGUGCAACAGAAUGGCGAUGCAAUCCAUGAAAAUGGAGAAUCUUCUUCCUCUUCCUCAAGGGCGGCAAACAGCUCAGUGAAUGGUACAGACCCCGGCCUGAGGUCAGGUUCCUGCUCGGCCUCCAACGGUCUGGACGCUCAGAUGCCUUCAAGCUCCUGCAGCCCCACCCUGAGUCAUGUGGUCAACGGAGACGCCACGCCCAACUCCACCCCAGUGCACCAACCGUCAGACAGCGACACAGAGAGCAGGACAGUAAACGGGGAAUCCUGUGAUGCUUCUCUCGAGAUGUCAUCUGCCACCACAGGUGAUGUGCCGCCCCCUGCAGACAACCAAGAGGACUGCAAUCAAGAUUCCACCGUGCCAGACUCUGACACAGCAACAGACAGCACAUCUCCACCCGCUCCCUCCUCCACACAGGCUCCAGCCUCCUCCACCUCUGCUGCUAAACCCUCUGAUGGCACUGCUGCGCCUUCUGCUGCUGCUGCCGCCGCCGCUUCGUCCUCCUCCUCAUCAUCACAGGGGGCCACCGCCGUCACAACCUCCUCUUCAGCGUCCUCCCCCUCCCCAGCUCCGGGUGAAACUAAUGCUUCAGCAGGUGGAGGAGGGAGCGGUAACAGCAGUGCAACUACAACUACAGACGGGGCCAAACCCAGACAGCAGGUCCCCAACUCAGGGGCCCCAGAUCCUCUUCCUCCAGGGUGGGAGCAGAGAAAAGACCCACAUGGGCGAACGUACUACGUUGACCACAACACCAGGACUACAACCUGGGAGAGACCACAGCCACUACCACCAGGUUGGGAGCGCCGUGUGGACGACCGGGGUCGGAUCUAUUACGUAGACCACAACACCCGGACCACCACGUGGCAGCGACCCACCAUGGAGUCGGUCCGAAACUUUGAGCAGUGGCAGAGCCAGCGCAGCCAGCUGCAAGGAGCUAUGCACCAGUUCAACCAGAGAUACCUCUACUCUGCAUCUAUGAUGUCCGCUGAGAACGAUCCUCUCGGCCCACUGCCUCCAGGAUGGGAGCGGCGUGUGGACUCCAACGACCGAGUGUACUUUGUCAACCACAAUACAAAGACAACGCAGUGGGAGGAUCCUCGGACACAAGGGCUACAGAACGAGGAUCCUCUUCCUGAAGGUUGGGAGAUCCGUUACACACGGGAGGGAGUCCGAUACUUUGUGGAUCACAACACCAGGACCACCACCUUCAGCGACCCGCGCACUGGAAAGUCCUCUGUCACCAAAGGUCCUCAGAUUGCUUACGAGCGCAGCUUCAGAUGGAAGCUUGCACAUUUCCGCUACCUGUGCCAGUCCAACGCCCUCCCUAGCCAUGUGAAGAUCACCGUCUCCAGACAGACGCUGUUUGAAGACUCGUUUCAGCAGAUCAUGGCCCUGAAGCCUUACGACUUGAGGAGGAGACUCUAUGUCAUCUUCAGAGGAGAGGAGGGCCUCGACUACGGUGGAUUAGCUCGGGAGUGGUUCUUCUUGUUGUCCCAUGAAGUGCUGAACCCCAUGUACUGUCUGUUCGAGUACGCCGGUAAGAGUAACUACUGUCUGCAGAUCAACCCGGCCUCAGCCAUCAACCCCGACCACCUCUCCUACUUCUGCUUCAUCGGACGCUUCAUCGCCAUGGCACUUUUCCACGGGAAGUUCAUCGACACAGGCUUCUCUCUGCCUUUCUACAAACGAAUGCUGAACAAGAAGCUGAUCCUCAAAGACCUGGAGUCCAUCGAUCCAGAGUUUUACAACUCGCUGAUCUGGAUCAGGGACAACAACAUCGAGGAGUGCGGCCUGGAGAUGUAUUUCUCCGUGGACAUGGAGAUCCUCGGGAAGAUCACGUCCCAUGACCUCAAACCCGACGGGACCAACGUCCUCGUCACUGAGGAGAACAAGGAGGAGUAUAUCAGUCUGAUGGCGGAGUGGAGGUUCUCCCGCGGGGUCGAAGGUCAGACGAAAGCGUUCCUGGACGGUUUUAACGAGGUGGUUCCUCUUCAGUGGCUGCAGUACUUUGAUGAGAAGGAGCUGGAGGUGAUGCUGUGUGGCAUGCAGGAGGUGGACCUGCAGGACUGGCAAAGAAACACGGUGUACCGACACUACACCAGGAACAGCAAACAGAUAAUCUGGUUCUGGCAGCUGGUAAAAGAAGUGGACAACGAGGUGCGUCUGCGGCUCAUGCAGUUUGUCACGGGAACCUGCAGACUCCCUCUGGGCGGCUUUGCAGAGCUCAUGGGAAGUAACGGUCCUCAGAAGUUCUGCAUAGAGAAGGUGGGAAAAGACACGUGGCUUCCUCGGAGCCACACAUGUUUUAACCGUCUGGACCUUCCUCCCUACAAAAGCUUCGAGCAGCUGAAGGAGAAGUUGCUGUUCGCCAUCGAGGAAACCGAAGGAUUUGGCCAAGAAUAGACGGACGCGUCCUCAAGUUUUUCUCUCCUUCCCCAUCGCUGAUUAUUCAGCCAAGUAAAACAAAAAAAAAAUUGCACAAGAUAACCACCAAUGUAUAUAAGCUAUUUUGUCAUUUUAAACCAAAUCUUAAUUUGCAGCAUUAUUUAUGCAGCAACCCUGAAAUACUAUCUGACACCCCCCCCCCCCCCCCAUCAUGAAAUAUGCAAACAUUUCAGCCUGUUUGGAAACAGUUAUCAUAGAUAUUUUUUUAAUUUCUCUCCCACUGCUGACGGCUUUUUAAAGAGACUGAACGUGUUUUCGAGAGGAUUUUGUAGCGGAGGAGCGACCUUCGUUUAAAGCUCUAGUUCUAUAGAGCUUCUAAAAUAGAAAAAGUCUGAGUAGUGUCGGGGUCCGGUGCCUGAAUUUGAGUUUUUCAUCCCCCAGUUGGACUCGUAUUAAAUGUCGCCAUUCUUUUUGCGUAUUUGCAUGGCUGCCUCUGAAGACUGCUGUGAGCGCCCUCCAUUCACUACACACACAGUAGUUGGGAGAAUCUGGACGCCGUCCCAGAGAAGUGUGUGUGUGUGUGUGUGUGUGUGUGUGUGUGUGUGUGUGUGUGUGUGUGUGUGUGUGUGUGUGUGUGUGUGUGUGUGUGUGUGUGUGUGUGUGUGUGUGUGUGUGUGUGUGUGUGUGUGUGUGUGUGUGUGUGUGUGUGUGUGUGUGUCGCAGCCUGUGCGUCGCAGCUCUGAUGUUUGAGAAUCUGGAUGUGUUCUGGGACUUUUAAUUUAAAGUUUGAGCUUUUUGGAAAGAGACAAAAAACGGCUCAGUUGUUCUUGUGAUUCAUUUUUAUUUGUUAUAUUUUUGUUCCUCCUUGAAUUUUGUGUCUUCAGUCCGAUGAGGCCGCUGUGGUUUACAGAGCACCCGACACGAUACCUUUAUACGAGACAAACUUUACUUUGAACAUUGAGUAUUAUUUAACCUGGGCUGAGCGUGUGGACAGUGUCUUAAUGACUCAAAGGUACAAAACGUUUUUUGAUUACUCCAGUAGGUGUCUGCAGGCAAAGUAACUGAAACCUGAAAAUAAACCACUGAGGUUUUGCUGCUGACUCCUCCUAGUCGUCCACAGGUGCUGGCAGCCAGGUGAAGUCACCAGAGGAAGCACCAAAAUAAAACAGGCAAUUGAAACAGGCUGUAACGGCUGCAACGCAUUUUUGGGACAAAUGAGCCUGGUAGUCUGACCAGGGGAGGAAGGUACUUAGACCACGACCUUCCUCGGCUUCAUGCAUACUUGGAAAAACAUUUAAAUAUUUUAAUACCUGCAUGGAGUAUAAAGAAACCAUUGUCACAAAGGGCUUUACAGAGUAUGGAAAUCCCAAAUGUAAAAUCCCAAACCAUGAAAAUAAAAACAACAAUGUAGCAAUCAAACAAUAAAAUAGAGAAAGCUACAACAAUGAUUUUUUUUUUUUUUAAAGAUAGUGAUGCAGCUCGUCUGAGAUCCUCAGGCAGGUUGUUCCACAGCCGAGGAGCCCAGGCAGCAAACGCUCGCUCUCUUUUGGUUUUUAAGUUUGAGGAGUGAACAGUGAGGAGGUUCCUGCCUGAGGAUCUUCUGAUAUAUAUCCACUACAGUCUGUUAACCUGCUGCAGGCUGAAGAAACCUACUGGGGCAAUACAAAACUUUUUGUACGUUUUGGUUUGAGCCUGAAAUACGUGAUCGCAAAAAGAGCCCAGUUUGAAAAAUGUCUGAACUUAUUUGUCAUCAGCCGCCCGUUACUCCAACAUCGCACCUCGCCAUCAAAUCAUGCAACUAAAAAACAGACAUUUGAGCCUUAACCAUCAAAGACAGAAUGAGAAACGAUAUCAGAGGCCCUGUUAUAAAAACAGUUCAUGUCUCGUUAACACGUAUGAUGAGUCAUAUGAGCAGCAUGCGUGCAUACAGGCAUUAAUACACGUUAAGGCCCCGACACACCACAGAGAUCGUCGGCCGUUAGUCCUGACCGUCGCUGAGCAAUCGUCGCCCUAGUUUUUGUGGGGUCUUGAGCCGUCGCUACCCGUGGGCCUUUUUUUCGGGCCGAUUUGACAUGUUAAAUCGAACGAGGGCUGACAACACCAGCCCCAUUUUCAACUUUUUAUCAGACAUUAUUCUCCAUCAGUAGGCUACCUAUAAUACGAGUGGUGAAAAUUGUCUUCUCGUAUCAUAACAACGGACUACCGCCCCCUGCUGGCAUGGAGAAUUAUUUCCUCUCAUGCAUGAGCAGAAUGUAUGUGGUGGUUGGUUGUCGGCUGUAGUCGCGGUGCCUUCAAGUGCAACUUUUUUGCCAAGACACUAUUUCUUUGCCAUCUGCUUGGUGUGUCAGGGCCUUUAGAAACAUUCAAAGGGCUCCUUUGUUUUGGAAGUAUUAUCCAGGCUGCAUACAUGUAAAGAGUUAUAAAGACGAAUAGAAACAAUGUGCAGCCACCACCGGUGUGACUUGUACGAUCAGCUCUAAUCAGGCCGUGUUCAGAGUCACUCUGAGGAUCUGAGCUGACAUGAGAAAGCCUUAAUGUAACACAGACGUGUGUUCAUAUCAGUGUGCAGGAGCCUGAUGCACUUAGGAAUAAAGUAUAUAAAAGACUUAAUGAGACACUAAACGUGCCACAGACCAAAAAAGACGAGUGCAGCCGGAGACUGACUGCAGGAAGCCUGAAGAUGACGAUGAUGAUGCAUCGCUUUAUGUUUUGUUUUUGCAGCCCGCUCGUCCUCUCUGUCUCUCCAGGAGAUGUUUUUUCUUUCCAUUUGUUUGGGUCCGAAUGCAGGAAAAAAAGAAAAGAGCUGUGACAGAGGGAGCGACUCUUUGUUUCCUCACACGUCUGCAGUAGGAGCUUGAGCUUGCUCAGAUUAUCAGCCAUGUAAAUAACGUGUACUCGUGUGGAGGGACGACAGCAAGAAGACAAAUAAUCGGCUGUAGCAGAAGGAGUCCACACUGCAGAACAUUGUGCUUCCUUUUGAACAGAAACCUUUAAUCAAAGAAAUCAAAACUGUGUCUGUGAAUAUUCAUGUAUAAAGUAAAUAAAGUACUUAAGUAUUAUAAUUAAUGACACAGAGCCGCCGCUCCGCUGAUGGAAAUCUGUGAUGCCUUUGUUCUUAUCAGAAAUAGACGCCGCGUUUUAGACUGCCUUCAUCCCAGACGGCGAGUGUCAUCUGUGUGAGCUUGUGACUGAGCUGCAGGCGGUCUGAAACGCGUCCAAUCUGUAACAUAUCGCGUGUAGAUACACACUGUAAACACAAACCACACUGUACAGAAUGCCCUCUGCUGGAGACCAUGUGUAUAGAAGAUUCAUUUUUAAUCUGCUUUCAGCCAUUUUAAUGAAGAAAGAUGGAUUUAUGAGAAACAAUAAAUAAGAGAAUAAACCCCUCCAUGA